GGCGACACGUGCGACCAAGUUCACCUGCGGUGGAGCGCGCGCCUGGACCGCGAGACGGACGACUGCAUCUGGCUCGCGUUCGCCACGGUCGGCGAGCGCAUGAUGCGCGAGGAGGGCGAGCGGAACGUGUGGGACGAGAUCAAGGGUGAGGAGGUUGCGCAGCGAGGGGACGCGGGCGAGCGGGUCGACGUCGGGUGGCUCGAGAGGUGCGAGGGGCACGUGCGCCAGGGGCUCAAGCGCGCCGCGUUCUACUUCAACUGCUUCGUCCUCUCGCCCGACCCCCAUCAGACCCACCACCUCGCCCUCGAGCUCGAGCUCAUCCCGUCUUGGACCUUCCUCGCCGCACAACGGUUCACCUCGUCGUCGUCGUCAUCAGCUUCGACCUGGGCCUCCUCGUGCGGCGGUGGGCCGAGCCGCAAGGCCGACGAGCUGUCCGAGACGGAGCUCGGCUGGAUCGAGCGCGGUCUCGAGGUCGCGAGCCUGUACCACCCUGUCGCCGAGAGACGGUUGGUCGAGCUUCGAGCGUAUCGCGAGGCGGAGCGAGUGCGGGUGGCGCACUUGGUCGGCGCCGGCGCUUCAGCAGCUUCCUUCUUCUCGACCUCGACGUCGCUGCCUGGCACCCGCCCUAUCCUGAAGCACGCUGGCUCGUCGCAGGAAUCAGGGCGUAAGCUCGACUUUCAGGAGGCGAUGCGCGAGGCGCUCGCGCAGACAGUGCCGAGCUGGGCGUGAUCGCUGUAGAACUCUCUCUCGUGCGAGCUCGUCGUGUCUGUACUAUUGUCCGUUGCAGUCCCU